CAAUAUUGUAAACGAUUGUGUGAUUUUCCUUCAGAGGAAUCGCCAAAUGAAGGAAAAAGAUUUCUCUGGGGCGGACCUCCCCCUUUUUUCGUUGGAGGCAAGCGUCCAGUUGGCCUUCCUGACAUUAAUCGAGGCAGAGAAAUCCAGCAGGGAACUCCACCUUAUUUUGUUUCUCUCUUCGAUCCAACCACAAACACCCCUUUUUACUCAGCCUACAAAGUUUUACCCGAGCAAGCAAAGGACAUUGGCAAGUAUUCGAGGCCCAAAAAUCAAAAUUGGAGGAAUCCUCCGGGUACGUAAAUGGUUAUUUGACAAUCAUUUAUUACAAGACCGAUUGCAGGACAAUCAAUCCAUAAAGCAAAUCCAGAGGCUUGGAGUAUAUCCUGCGUUGCUUGAAAACACGCAACGUCACUAUAGAAGUUGGGAAAGCCAUCAUAUUGCUUCUUCCCAAAUUUUUUUUUGCGCAAAACGACGCCUAUUUUGCAAAGAAUCUCUAUGUUUUCAAGAGAAACAAAAGUGCAGUCAGAGGGCUUCAUACUUCCGUAAUUUCAGAAAAGAGACAAAAAAGCGAUAUGAUUCCCUGGAAUGUUCAAAGAUCCCUUUCAGUCCGUAACUAGUAAUUAUAUUAUUGUGCGAAAGACAAAAUAUCACCACUAUCGUCAUCGUACUCAUAAGACUAUGAUUUGAUAAUUUAAAUGUGACAAGUUAUCCGUAUUCAUCGAAGAAUGUGGCUUAUGAUUAUAGGUGUUCCUGGUGUCAAAGCCGCUUAUAAAAGAGCCAACGCAGAAGCCACACGAGCGUUCAGAAAUAAACUCACAAAAGGUCACAUGAAUCCCUCAGGUAUCAACUCCUUUGACAUAAAUUUCAUGAAGGCUACUUUCACUCUUUCGAAUGCUGUACCUCAGUUUGAGGCAUCAAACAACGGACCUUGGAAGGAUUUUGAGAAUAAGAUAAAAGAUUAUGCCAAUAAAACCUGUGGGAGUAAAACCCGCCAAGGAACACUUUACCUACUGACAGGCAGAUCCGAAAAGGGCCUUAAUGGCGUACCGAAGCCGCGCCUUAGGAACACAUUUCAAGUGGGACCAACAACAGUAAGACUUGAUACUCCUCGGGCUGUUUGGACGGCGGGAUGCUGUGUGUGGAAGGAGCCCGGAAAGAUCUUUGGAAAGUUAUGGCAAACUGAAAAGGCCGAGUCCUUUGCAGUGAUGAGCAACAAUCAUUACGACGGAAACCAGCUACACCAGACAGAAAUGAGCGUAAACGACCUGGAGACGCACUUGAAGGCACCAGCAUCAAACGUGGAUUUGUUUCCAGGAAAUGCAAAUUGUGCUCGAAACAACAAAAUACUAUACUGA